GGCGAUAGGACUUUUCGGGACACAAAAGACUAGACGUUACACUUUCACGCUCUUCAGUCCAUCCUUAGACCCCAUUAGACCCCAUUAGAUCAUGGCAGAAGAGGCUAAAUUGAAAGGUAACAAAGCCUUGCAGGCUAAUCAGUUCCUUGAAGCAGUGGAUCACUAUACUGAGGCCAUUAGACUCAAUGAUUCGAACGCUAUAUACUACGCCAACAGAGCACAAGCUGAGAUCAAGCUGGAACAGUACGGUGCUGCCAUCGCUGAUUGUGACAAGUCUCUGGAAGUUGAUCCAACUUAUUUCAAGGCUCUUUAUAGAAGAGGUGUUGCAAAGAGCAUGUUGCUAAGGUAUAAAGAAGCAUAUGAUGACUUUGCGGGUGUGUUGAAGUUGAAACCUUCUGAUGCCAACACUAAAAGACUCCAGAAUGAAAUGAGUAAGCACAUGAGACGUAUUGCAUUUGAAAAGGCUAUCCAGAGUGAAGAUGAGGACGUUUUCGAUUUCGACCUUGAACAUAUCCCUCUUGAACAGACCUAUGAAGGCCCAAAGCUUGACAUCACAUUUGAUAAAGAGACACGUGACGUUACGCUGGGGGGACUCACCGACUCCUGGAUGCAAGAACUCAUCAAAUUCUACAAGGAUGGCGGCAAACUACCUAGAAAGUACCUAUACGCAUUACUGAUGAAAGCCCACCAAGUAUUAAAGCAAGAACCUGCCUAUAAGGAGAUUAAAACCUCCGAGAUUGGAGACUUUACGGUUGUCGGUGAUGUCCAUGGCCAGUACUAUGACUUGAUCAACAUGUUUACCAAGAACGGGUUCGUUCAUGAAAAGCACGGCUAUCUCUUCAACGGAGACCUUGUGGACCGUGGUUCAUGGUCCGUUGAGGUGAUUGUCACUCUCUUGUUCUACAAAAUCCUAUACCCUGAUCAUCUGCACAUAAACAGGGGAAACCACGAGACAGAUGGCAUGAACAAGAUGUUUGGAUUUGCAGAUGAAGUCAAGCAUAAACAUGGAGCUAAGCCUUUGGCCAUGUUCCAGGAGAUCUUCACAGAGAUGCCUCUGUUAACGCUUAUAAACGAUGACUACCUCGUGAUGCAUGGAGGUCUCAUUUCCAACCCAACCAUGACAUUGGCAGAGCUUAAGGACAAGGUCACCAAGCUAUCCAAUCCUCGUGAAGGUGUUGAAAUGGAGCUCCUGUGGUCUGACCCACAAGAGGAGGAGGGCUUCGGAACCUCCAAGAGAGGAAUUGCAUUCCAAUUCGGGCCGGACAUCACCCGUCAAUUCUGUGAUACCAACAACUUGAAGGCCAUCAUCCGCUCGCACGAGGUCCGUAUGGGCGGAUAUAGCGAAGAGCAUGAUGGUAAGUGCAUAACAGUGUUCAGUGCUCCGAACUACUGUGAUUCGACGGGGAACAUCGGUGCGGUUAUCAACUUCAAGGAUGAAUUGGAGUACUUCACAUUCGAAGCUGUCGAGCACCCAGCCGUUCCACCAAUGGCUUACACAUCGCAAAGAUUCUGAGAGAAGAACACAAAUAGAACAUCGAGAAGGCGAUGAAGUCGAUGAUGGGCUACCCAUUAUAGAUUGUAUUGUAUUCAUUGUACACGGUGGUUACCUAUAAAGGAAGCACGACCAUUAGAUAGCUAAGACUCAUUGUGCUUUUGAAUCGAUAAGACAAAUCAUUUUGUGUCAAG